AUGUCUGAUGAGGUGAAUGGAAACGAACAGCAGUCGACAACAGUCGUAGCGUUUAGAAGGCGAACGAGAGGUGCUCGUCAGUCGGCAGCCACUCGUAAACGUCAAAAUAUUCACGAAUCGUCGGAUUCAUCGAAUGAUAAUGACACUCUCGUUGACGCUGCUUCUGUUAAAGUGAAUGUUGUGCGUAAGCCACAACGUAAAAAUCCAAUGAUUCAAUCGGUAUUUACGAGUAAACGAAAGCAAUGCAUUCGAGAACGAGUGGAUUCAGAGAGUUCCGAUUCAUUGUCGAGCAAUCCGGAUGAUGCAGAAGAAGCAAAGCCAGGACCGAGUGAGAUCGAAGGUGCAUUCAAGUCAAGCGGUACAGCGGAACGUGAAGGACCGAAGGAUUUGGGUGCGACGGCCGUGAAUGAAAUGGAUACUGAUAUACAACAAGAUGCACAAGCUCAGUUCGAAAGAGUUCAAAAAGCACUGAAAGAAGGAUAUGACGAUAAGGUUUAUUUGGGUACAGCAAUGUAUGGUGCUAAAGAGAAGAAGGAUACAGCUCGCGGCAAUGCAGCAUCUGGUUGGAAUCGUGUUGGACCAAUGCGUGCACCAAACUUCAUACGACAAUCGGUCAGAUGGGAUUUUGCACCGGAUAUAUGCAAAGACUACAAAGAAACCGGCUUUUGCACAUUCGGAGAUUCGUGUAAAUUUUUGCACGAUCGAACCGACUAUAAGCACGGGUGGGAAAUCGAAAGGGACUAUGCAGCCGGACGAAUGGCUGAGGAUGAUCCUGAUAAGUAUGUGAUACACAGCAGUGAUGAGGAUGAUGAUGAAGAUGCUUGUAAAUUACCGUUCAAGUGUUUCAUUUGCAGAGAAUCGUUCACGAAUCCUGUUGUUACGAGGUGCAAGCAUUAUUUCUGUGAGAAAUGCGCGUUGAAACAUUUCCGUAAAACGCCGAGAUGUUUUGUUUGUGAUGAAAAUACAAAAGGUGUUUUCAACGUUGCAAAAGAAUUAAUCGCGAAAAUGAAAGAAAUCGAAGAAAAGAAAGGGCAAGGUGAUGGAGAAGAAGACAGUCAGCCUCCAAAUUCUCAUCCGACAGAAGCGGACAGUGAUAAUGGCGAUGAUAAGGAUACGAAGAUUGAGAUGCUUCCUGCCGAAGACGAUAAACAAAAUGCGUCAUCAGAUGAUUCGAAUGAUUGA